AUGGGUCUCCAACGCAGCGAGUUUGACCCUAUCACCAUCGUCGACAAUGUUACCCAGCCUACCGAAUCAGCAGCACAGCACCACACCAGCGGCAACGCGGCUACCUUCGAUGCUGACGAGAACGAGCCGGUUGAUAUCACCAUCGAUGAGAAUGAUCACAAGAGAGUCUUUGGCUCGCAGGCGCCCAUGCCACCAGUUGAGCUUUCCCCUCGUCCCGCAACGCGAUCAAAAACGAACGCCAACGCAUCCACAGCACAGCCUCCCGACACAUUAAAGCCUCCUAGUUCGCCCCCACCAGAUUACUUCGUCACGUCGCAGUCGGCAGGCGGCUUUGGCAUUCCUAACGAGGCCCGACAUUUUCUGCUACCGACAGCAUUGCUCGAAUCUGGUCUGGUCUUCAAUCCACAAUUGUCUCUGCGCAGAAUCAACCUUGUGCCCAACGACUCUCCACCGGGUAGCAAUGCUCAGACCGCUGCAAGUACUCCCACUCCCAUUCCCUCAUCCGAAGCUUCUGUCGCUCCCUCUGCGACGCCGACCUCAGGCUCUGAAGGCGUCCCUGCCCCCUCGCUCGCUGAGAUACAAUUAUGCAAGCCGCACCCCGAAGCCCUGUUCGUCGCCGAGACCCUUGAGUGGAGACUCAUCCUUGACGAACAACAGAUGCACCGCAGUCCACCUCUCGACCUUCCAUUACGAGAUGCGACCCAUCUGUACGAUACAUGCAGUCUGGUGCCCAGCUCCAUCCCCAUGUAUGAGACCGUUCCGAAUGUCAUUCCAGUCGACGAGCAGCGCAGUCCCGUCCAGCUGUUGGAGCGCUGGAACGCAGACGCCCCUGAGACGCCCACCCCUGUGCUCGAGGACUUCAACGUGCACAGAUGCUGCGUUACGGGCAAGACACUUAUCUCGAGCCCUCCAGAUAGCAUUGUCUCUGUCCUCGAUCGAGAUCUGCUCACACGUUUCAAGGAGAACCGCGAAAGCAAUCCUCCUCCCGGUCACACAGGUGCCCAAAAUUUCGUUGGCGCUCUUCACGUGCUGAUCAGGGUUAUCGGCAACUUUGUCCAUGGAGAAAGGCGCCCUGCGCCAACCACCAGCAAAUCCAUCUCUCGGAAGCUUGGGUGGGAUCAACACUCGCGUCAGAUCUUUCACGAUCUCGGUUGGACGGUGUUCCAGAUGGGUGACGGUCGUAAUGCCAUCAUGCCGCCUUUGUCCUCAGAAAAGUCGGCAGACGGAACCUCAGUCUCACAAGCAUCUGAGGUCUCUUCGACCUCUGGCUCGAGCCCACACAUUAUCAUUCAACGUCACGUUCGUGCUUGGAUAGAGCUCAGUGCUUGGCUGUCAUUUCAUCUUGAUCAAUUGCGCAGGUCCAAGACUGCCUCCUCCAUCCCUACUGCAGCAGAGCCGCAGGUGCCCACAAAAGUGCUCGUCACUAACGCAUCUGAAUCAGUCAUCCAAAUGAUUGGCGUACGCCAGCAAUACCUCGACACAUCCUAUCGCAGCGACCUCUCUCCCACAAUGCUCGAAGCGUUCUCCACGCUCGGAGCAUCCAGUACCACCCGAGAUGAGCUGGUCAAGUUCAGCUACCUCUUCAACCUUGAAGCGAGCCCGGAUCGAGCCAGUGAGCUUUUCGCUUGCCUCGUCGAGGUGUACUCGACUCAACGGCGCACAUCACGCGUGCUCGAGGAGCUGAUUGCUUACGAACGAAGCCAGGGUAAAUACGCUCUUCAGGACGUGGACAAGGCGUAUGAACGUCUACAUCUAUCUGCCACCCAUUUGGGUCCGGACGUGGAACGUGAGAGCAUUCCUCACGACCUGAUCGCCGAGAACUACAAAGCUCGUGCUCGCGAGGUGCUGAUCAACGGCGAUGCAUCCGAGCAUGCUGCCGUCAAGGAUGCGCUCAAGCUCAUCACCGCUCAUCUUGGUCAGCCCAAGCUUCUCGCCCGCACGUUAGAAGAGGGAGUCGACAUGGAUGUCGAUCAGGCCUAUACAAUGCUCGAUGCUAAUCCGGAACUGGAUGACGCUACCAUACUGGCUGUCUUUGACCUCUACGUUGCUGAUGCUCCUGCUCGUCGCGAUGUGCUGCAAUACGCUCUCCGCGCCAUUGCUGAAAGCCGUAAGAGCGAGUACCUCCGACAUUUCCUGCGCACGGGCGAGAAGGACGCGUCGACCGGAGAGGGCUGGCAGCAGCUUCCCUCUGCUGAUGUUCCGGCUGGUAUCGACAACAUUGGCAAUACGUGCUAUCUCAACUCAGUUCUCCAGUACUUCUUCUCCAUCACUGAGAUUCGCACCCGGGUCCUACAGGCCGCAGCCACCGUCCAGCCCAGUCCGAGCGUUGAAAGCCAGCUUCAGAGCGACGCCGAGCGCAGGGUCGGUGGUCAACGCAUUACUCUGCGCGAACUGCAACGGAGCCAGAGGUUCGUCGCUCAACUGGCACAACUCUUCCACCAUCUCAUUCACGCCAAUGCGUUGUCUGUCCGUCCCGAAAGAGAGCUCGCCUACUUGGCAUUGGUCUCUUCUCGUGCCGAGGAGCUGGAAACUGAGAUGAACGCCAUACCCGAACAAGCGCUUGGAGGCAGAGGCGCUAGCGAACAGAACGCAGUUCAGCAAAAUGCGGUCUUUUUAUCGGAUCCCGCUCCGAUCGAAGGCUCCGAAGAUCUCUCUUCGUCUGGUCCUGCUGCAGAAGCAACAGCUGACAACGACUUGAUGGACACGACUCCAGACGAGCCUGCUGAAACUCAGCCCGCUGUACCACCUAUCCCAGCUGCGCCUCCGUCUGGAGCCGCUCCACCUCUGCCGCCUCGACCCACUCGCAAGUCUACCGCUGCCGCUGAAUUGACGCCAUCUGUCAUUCCGCCAUCAGCUCGACGCAACUCGCUCAUGCAGCUGGGCGCGCAGCAGGAUGUGUCUGAAUGCCUAGACAACUGCAUGUUUCAGCUCGAAGUUGCGCUCGCUGUCAGCAAGGCAAAAACCAGCGAUGAACACGGGAUGGAUAUCGACGGCAACGACGAGGCGAAAGUGUCGAGCGAUGGUCGCGAGGAUCUGCUGACGAGCUUGUUUCUUGGCAAGACCUGCCAACAAAUUGAAGCAGAUACCAUUACCCCCAACAGCAGUCACUCGUCCAGCGCUGGUGCCGGCGACUCUUUGACUCGACCAGCUCAGCCAAACAAGCAGCCCAGCACGCACAUUAAGCACGAAGUGUUCAAGAUCCUUCCUAUUGAUGUGCUUGAAGAAGGACGUGACAUCUACGAUGGUUUCGACGGCUUCUUUGACUCGGACACAUUUGUCGCGACCUCGGGUGCAGUGCAGCGUCGAUCAGUCACACUGCUGUCUGCUCCGCCUUUGCUCCAGAUACAGCUGCAGCGCGUGCAGUACGACCGCGCGACGAUGCGGGCGUUCAAGUCGCAAGCACAUCUCGAGAUGCCUGAGACGCUGUACGUCGACAGAUAUAUGGAUCUGGACCCCACUGAUGGCGAUUCUGCCUCACGCAUCGCAAAACGGCUGGACUACCAGGCAAAGCGAAGAAGGAUCGAGGAGUUGCGUGCCAAACUUGCCGCAUGCAAGGACGGUGCCAACUUCCAUCUGACACAGACGCUCAGCCAGGCGGCAAACACGGUCGAGGAGCUGGCUAGAUUGCCGUCGCUGGCAGAUAUGGCUGCGCAGCUGAACGAGAUCCGGGCAGAGGGCGCCCAAGCUCAGAACACCAAUGACACAGUGCCUCUCUCGCCAAGAUCACAGGCCAAACAGGCUGCCACUUUGACUGAAGAGACUGGGGCGAGUGCUCAGAUUGAGAGCCAAUCAAGCGUUACCGCCAACAGCACUAUCCCUGCAGUUUCGGAUCAAGCCCUCCCUCCAGCGCUCUCAACGCUCAUCGACCCAGGCCUUCCUACUCUACUUCGGGACGAAGCCAAGCUAUUGCAUGAGCAAGUGCAACAGGCUAAGGAUGAGAUCGAAACGCUCAAAGCUGAGAUGGCAUCUAUCUGGGCCGACGAGCGCCGCUACGCUUACCGCCUAGUCGCCGUGUUUAUGCAUCGUGGAGAGGCAAGUCACGGACACUACUUCCUGAACAUGCGUGGAGGUGGACAGAACAGCAAAUGGUUCAAGUACAACGAUUCGGCGGUGACUGAGACGACUUUGGACCAAGUCUUGCGGGACAGAAGCGGAGCGACGCCGUAUCUGGUCACCUAUGUGAGGGAAGACUACGUGCAGUUGAUCGAUCCGAUCUGCAGGCUGAUUGAGGAGCAACAACAACAGCCGGGAGAGCAGAUGGAGAUUGAAGGGCCUGCUACGCCAACAGAUGGUACUAGUGCUUCUGAAAGGAAAUGUGCUGCUUCACAGCUCGAAACGGCGACUAAGCAAGGGCACGUGGGCGAAGCAGCGACAGCAGUGAAGCCGUCCGUUGUGACAGAAGCUCUGCAGAAUGCUGUUGGAAAGGAAGCUGGAAGUGGUAACGAGAGUCCAAUCAAGCGUGCACGCACAGACGAUCUCUGA